UUGAAAAAUGACCCAAAAUCUCCUGUAGCAAGGUCUUUACGAGCCCAGCUGCCUUUUGAAUCUAAGUCUGUGUGUGUUCAGGGGAAAAGCACCGUAGAGAGGUGCAGGCAGAGAUGACAUGGAGUGGACUCUGAAGACGAGUGGGUUGUUUUUCUAGUCUGUGAGGUGAAGGGAGCAGAAUCGAGAUCAGCAGGUGGCAAUGGAUCCCAUGACAAGCAGAUGAGGAUGUCUUCUAAAACUGAUCAUGGCUCUUUCAAGAAUGAACUCUCUUCUCAUCCUUUACCUGAAUGUCCUGCUGCUCCUUCACGUAAAAAGAUCCCUCUUUGUUCCGAACGGAAUCACAUGCGGCUCCAAGUCCCGUGGUGAGAACGUUUCCUGCGAGGCUGCUCCCGUCGAACAGAUUUCCCACUGCCCGGAUGCACUCGGGAGUCCGAAAGGAGACUGUGCGCCGGAUCCUUGCUCCUCAAACCCUUGUCAACACAACGCAACUUGUCUGAGUACCCCAGGGGAGCACACCUUUACCUGCGUGUGCCCCCCGGGGCGCAGCGGCAAUACCUGCCUACCAUCCGGUGGGCCCUGUGACACCAACCCUUGCCAGCGUGGAGGCGUUUGCCACCCGCGCCUCGGCCGUCCGAUCUGCUCCUGCCCCUUGGGACUCACGGGUCGGUUCUGUGAGAGCGAGGUCACCGAGUGCUCGUCGAACCCUUGCUACAACGGCGCCGUGUGCAGAGAAGGACUCGAUGGCUACUCCUGCUACUGCGUCCCGGGAUAUCAGGGCAGACGCUGUGAGCUGGAAGUGGACGAGUGCGUCUCGGAUCCGUGCGAGAAUGGGGCCGUGUGUCUCAAUCUGAUAGGACGAUACGUCUGUGUCUGCCCACCUGACUACACCGGAAUUUCUACUGAGACACAUUACAGAGAUUUACCGGACUCCCAGAGAGUGCCCAGAUCUAAAGUGUGGGUGAUGAGCGGGGUUAACUGCCAGGUGGAAAUUACAGCCUGUUGGUCUCAGCCUUGUCUGAAUGGUGCAACCUGUCAUGAGUCACUGAGGGGCUACGUCUGUCGCUGCGCCGCGGGAUUCCUCGGAGAACGAUGUGAGAUUGACGUCGACGAGUGUGACAGCCAACCGUGCCUUCACCAGGGGCAGUGCACAGAUGGUUACAACAGCUACUCAUGCGAUUGUUCCGGAAGCGGCUUCACAGGGUCAUACUGUGAGAUCUCCCUGCCUCCCUGUUGGUCGAGACCCUGCUACAACAAUGCUACAUGUGAGGACGGAGCUGAGAAUUAUACUUGCCAAUGCUGGCCAGGUUACACGGGCCUCCAGUGCGAGACCGACAUCAGUGAAUGUAGCAGCAAUCCGUGCCUUCAUGACAGCAGAUGUGUAGAGCUGUCUUGGAAGAGUCAGUAUGGAAUCAUUCCACAGUCGCCUUUGGAGUUCAGCUACGACAAAGCAUCAGGGUAUCUGUGUCAGUGUCAGCCUGGAUUCACAGGGAUCCACUGUGAAGAAGAUAUUGAUGAGUGUUCCUCGAAUCCUUGCCAAAAUGGUGGAACCUGUGAAAACUCACUUGGGAACUAUACGUGUCACUGCCCAGCUGGAGAUGGAGAUGGGAUAGUUUAUGGAGGCAGAGACUGCAGUGACAUCCUUCUGGGCUGCUCUGGGCAGCAGUGUCAGAACGGAGGGUCGUGUCUCCCGCACUUAAGAAAUGGCCAACAUGGAUUCAGUUGCCUAUGCUCCCCCGGCUAUACCGGAUCUCUCUGCAAAACUGUCACCACCUUCUCGUUUGAAGGAAAUAGUUUCCUCUGGAUUCCCAGCAGAACAAGUCCCAUGAAAGAAUCCCCCCCUAACAUCACCUUCAGUUUUCAGACCAUUCAGCCGACGGCCCUUCUGAUCUUCCGAGGGAAUCGAGACACGUAUGUAAAACUCGAGCUGACGAAUGGCUACAUCCGCUUAUCCAUUCAAGUCUCUCACCAGCUCAGAGUGCGUCUGCAGAUUUCACACAAUUCCAGUGACGGAGAAUGGCAUUCCGUGGAGGUAAUCUUAGCGGAAGCUGUAACUCUUAGCUUACUCGGCAGCUCCUGUGGAGAAAAAUGUGUCAAUAAAACUGCUUCUCCAAUAGAUCGUGACCAACUGGCCCUUGCAUCCCAAAACACAUUUUUGGGAGGCUUGCCGGUGGACAGGGAGAGUGACGGUGACUCGCUCCCUGGUAUCUAUAAUACGCAUUCCGCACCUUCGUUUGUAGGCUGUCUUCGAGACAUUGAAAUAGACUCAAAUCUUAUUAUCCCUGAGGACAUUCCACCGGGUUCGUUCCAGAAUGUCAAAGUAGGCUGUGAGAAAAAGGACUGGUGUCAAAGCCACCCCUGUCAAAACAGGGGACACUGCAUCAACUUGGGGCUCGGGUACCAGUGCGAAUGCUACAGGCCCUAUUAUGGCCCAGACUGCACAAGAGAGUACACAGCCGGUAGAUUUGGACAGGAUGACUCCAUGGGAUAUGCCGCUUUCACAGUUGAAGAAAGUCUGGACCAGAACAUCACUCUCUCCAUGUUCGUUCGAACCCGAAGAUCAUCUGGUUUAUUACUGGCUCUGGAGAAUAACGCAUCUCAGUACAUUCGAGUCUGGCUGGUCCAAGGAAGAUUAGCCCUCCUGAUUCCUAAUUGGCCCAAAUUGUUAGGGAAAACUAUGCUGAGUGAUGGGAAUAUGCACCUGAUAGCUUUAAAAAUGGAUCCAGAUAAGACUGAGGUGUUUCAAUCUUCGCAAAAUCUAGGCUUCAUUCUUGGUCCCCCUCCAAAAAUCCAAGUUGGAGAUGUCCUCUAUAUUGGAGGCUUACCAGGGCAACAUGAGACUGAAAUGAACGGUGGCUAUUUCAAAGGCUGCAUCCAAGAUGUGAGAUUAAAUAACCAACGACUGGAGUUUUUCCCUCUCCUGCCGGACAACUCAACUGGGAAUCAGCUUCUUGUGAACGUGACCCCUGGCUGUUCUGGAGACAACCUCUGUAAGUCCAGCCCCUGCCACAACCGAGGGGUUUGCUACUCCAUCUGGGAUGACUUCACCUGCUCGUGCCCCCCGAACACGGCGGGAAAGGCCUGUGAGGAAGUAAAGUGGUGUGAACUCAGCCCCUGCCCUCCGGAAGCGCGGUGCCAGUUGGUGCCCCGAGGAUUUGAGUGUAUUGCUAGCGCCCUUUUCAAUGGACGUAGCAGUGCAAUAUUUUACAGAAGCAACGGGAAGAUUACCAGAGAUCUCACCAACGUCACUCUCGGCUUCCGGACCAGGGACACCGACACCGUCCUACUUUACGCCGAGAAGGAACCGGAGUUCAUUACCGUUGCCAUCCGAGAGUCUAAAUUACUUUUCCAGCUGCAAAGUGGCAACAGCUUUUACGUGCUGAGCCUAACAAGUCCGCAGUCAGUGAGCGAUGCCACCUGGCACCAAGUAGCCCUCUCCAUGACCGAUCCCCUAACUCAGUCUUCCAGGUGGAAAAUGCAAGUGGAUGGUCCAAAAUCCACCGUGACUAGUACGGUCGCCACUGGCAACCUCAACUUUCUGAAGGAAGAGACGGACAUUUACGUGGGGGACAGGGCUUUUGACCAUCUGGAUGGCCUCAGAGGGUGCCUGAGCUCAAUAGAAAUCAGCGGCAUUUAUCUCUCUUACUUUGAAAGCACCGAUGGGCACGCUGAAAAGCCUCAGGAAGAACAGUUUCUCAAAAUCUCCGCCAACUCGGUGGUGACGGGCUGUCUGCGUGUGGAUGCCUGCGGCUCGGCGCCCUGUCUCCAUGGGGGAGAUUGUGAGGACACCUACGAUUCCUAUCGAUGUGCGUGUCCAGUGGGAUGGACGGGGAUGCGCUGUGAGAUCAACGUUGACGAAUGCCUAUCCAACCCCUGCGUUCACGGCAACUGUUCCGACCGAGUCGCCAGCUACGUGUGUGUCUGUGAGCCCGGUUACACAGGUGUGAACUGUGAGGUUGACGUGGACAACUGCAGAGGCCACCAAUGCGCCAAUGGGGCCACGUGCAUCGAUGGGAUCAAUGGCUAUUCGUGUCUGUGUUUCGGGAACUUUACCGGAAAGCUCUGCCGACAUGCCACACUAUCCUCAACGUUUUGUGGGAAUGAGAGGAGAAAUCUUACCUGCUACAACUCCGGCAACUGUACGGAGGUCGGAGGGGAACUGAAGUGCUUGUGUCGGUCAGGGUUCACUGGAGAAAGAUGCGACAAGGAUAUUGACGAAUGCAACUCUGACCCCUGUCUGAAUGGAGCCUUGUGUCAGAACCUGCUCAACAGAUAUCAGUGCAUCUGUGACGUCAAUUUUGCCGGCGAACACUGUGAGAUAGAUUUGGCAGAUGACGUGCUCUCCGCCAUUUUCACUGCCGCUGGCUCGAUCAUCCUGGCCUUGCUGCUAGUCCUCUUCCUGGCGGUCGUUGCUUCCGUCGUGGCCACCAACAAACGGGCCACCCAGGGGACCUACAGCCCCAGUCGUCAGGAGAAGGAGGGGGCCCGAGUGGAGAUGUGGAGCCUGGUUCAGCCCCCGCCGAUGGAAAGACUGAUUUAGGCUAAUCCGAUUCCCUUGCCAAGGCGCUGGGCUAAGGAAAUCAUCAGUGUGAAAUCUCGGUUUGUCUCGGAUGCCAAGAAACUUCCUUCUGAAGACUCGAUCUAGGAAAAGUGACAAAGUACCCUUAAUCAUCACAAGAUCCUUAACGUUCUGAUUUGAAUUGGCAAACAUCCAGCUGUUUCUGUGCCCCACGUGGGAAUUUCAGCGGUUCAUUCAGGAGGUAGUGACUCCCAAGGUUGGCAUGAGCCCCAGGCUGGGAGUGAAUGGGCAAAUGGUUGAAUCCUUCUGGGCAUGCCAUUUCUGCAGAAAACAACGGAAAAGUGAAAGAACGGUGGCAGGUGAACUCGUUGUUGCCUGAUGGAUCAAUAUUGUGAAAGGCCGUGGAGAUGUGACAACUCGUACCCUUUCAUUGUUGAAUCCGACUCAAAGGAAUCGGUGGAGAUUGAUUGCUAUCAUGCUGUAGCACAAUACAUGUUUAAAUGUCUCUCUUCUCCCUUGAAAUGUACUCGUAUUAUCUGUUGCCAAACCACCCAGAGAGACACAAGACUCUUUGACAUACACGAACAUUCGUGCUUGUAUAGUGGACCUUUGGUUCCCAAACCCUCAACCUGUUGACGGGGAAAACCGACGCGUGUCCGUGUCUCGAGUUCUAUUGUGAGCAGGGCUUUUAGGGCUGAUUCAGAAGAUGUGAAAGGGCAUCCAGGACAACCCGGAAACUGAAGCCUGGUGUUGCGGUCUAGGUAGGGACAGGCCGGG